AUAACAAUAACAAUUCAAUUAACAACAACAACAAACAGCAGUGGAACUCGCAACAACAGCAACAACAACAGCCGGCGGUGUGGCUGUGGUGUCGCCAAUUGUGGCCUUAAGCAUGUAGUCGCAGUUGAGCAACAAAAGCGGGCGGUCUAAGUAGCACAAGUCGAACCCCUCAGCGCAGGAGGUUCCACAAGGCAAAACCAAUAAAAUAUAUACACACACCCACACAAACAAAGAGAAACAACACACAAAUGAAAAAUGUCACAAAGAGGUAAGCGCGGUAAUCAGCAGCAGCAGCAGCAGCAACAGCUGCAGCAGCAGCCGCCGCAACAGCAGCAGCGACAAGACGUUGAGCCGCAGCCGCCGCCCACAAAGCGACGAAAAGGACGGCCGCCCAAUGGAGCCCCGGCGACAGCAACAGCGUCAUCAACAGCAGCAGCAACAGCGACAACAUCAACGACAGCAGUUGCUGCUGCUGCAGCAACAGUUGCUGUCAGCGACCAACAGUCAAUAUCGAAGCUGCCGAGCAAGGCCAAAUCGGCCAGCAAAAGUAAAGCGCAAAGCAACAGCAACAACAAUAAUAGCAAUAGCAACAACAACAGCAACAACAAUAACAGCAGCAACACCUGGCAAGCGCGCUCCGUGGCCGAUAUCAAAAUGUCGAGCAUCUACAAUCGAAGCUCAACCGAAGCGCCAGCUGAACUGUAUCGCAAGGAUCUCAUUAGCGCAAUGAAAUUGCCAGACUCAGAGCCAUUGGCCAACUCCGAGUAUCUGAUUGUAACUGAUCAAUGGAAACAGGAAUGGGAGAAGGGCGUACAGGUGCCCGUCAAUCCCGAUUCGCUGCCCGAGCCGUGUGUCUAUGUGCUGUCCGACCCAAUUGUAUCGCCAGCGCAUGACUUUAAACUUCCAAAAAAUCGUUUCCUGCGCAUCACCAAAGAUGAACAUUACUCGCCGGACCUGCAUUGUCUGACGAAUGUUGUUGCACUGGCGGAGAACACAUGUGCCUAUGACAUCGAUCCCAUCGAUGAGGCUUGGCUGCGAUUAUAUAAUGCCGAUCGAGCACAAUGUGGAGCAUUUCCCAUUAACGAAACGCAGUUCGAGCGGGUCAUCGAGGAUCUGGAGGUUCGCUGCUGGGAGCAAAUCCAGGUCAUACUUAAGAAGGAGGAGGGUCUGGGCAUUGAGUUUGAUGAAAAUGUUAUAUGUGAUGUUUGUCGCUCGCCCGACUCCGAGGAGGCCAACGAAAUGGUAUUCUGUGAUAAUUGCAACAUCUGUGUGCAUCAGGCUUGUUACGGCAUUACAGCGAUUCCAUCAGGCCAGUGGCUUUGUCGCACUUGUUCGAUGGGCAUUAAGCCAGAGUGUGUGCUUUGUCCCAACAAGGGAGGCGCCAUGAAAUCUAAUAAAUCGGGAAAGCAUUGGGCGCAUGUCUCUUGCGCCUUGUGGAUACCAGAAGUUAGCAUUGGCUGUGUCGAUCGAAUGGAGCCGAUAACGAAAAUCUCAAGCAUUCCUCAAAGUCGUUGGGCAUUGAUCUGUGUGCUUUGUCGCGAGCGUGUGGGCAGCUGUAUACAGUGCUCGGUGAAGACGUGCAAGACGGCUUACCAUGUCACCUGUGCGUUUCAGCACGGACUCGAGAUGCGCGCCAUUAUCGAGGAGGGGAAUGCCGAGGAUGGUGUGAAGCUGCGCUCCUAUUGUCAAAAGCAUAGCAUGAGCAAGGGCAAAAAGGAGGGUGCACACGCAUCGCAUACAUCCGCAUCCAGUUGCAUGCAAAAGCAUAACAACAAAUUCUCGUCGAGCAGUGGGCAUGCUGGCGAGGAGGGGCAAACAGCAGGUGCCAAAGGCGAAGAUCACCGAAGACGCAAAAACCAUCAUCGCAAGAACGAUAUGACCUCAGAAGAGCGUAACCAGGCCCGUGCGCAAAGAUUACAGGAGGUCGAAGCGGAGUUUGAUAAACACGUGAAUAUCAAUGAUAUUAGUUAUCAUUUGUACGAUGUGGAUGAGGACGCCAUUGAGGCCAUUUAUAAUUACUGGAAACUGAAGCGUAAGUCACGACAUAAUCGUGAGUUGAUUCCACCUAAAUCGGAGGAUGUGGAGAUGCUCGCACGCAAGCAGGAGCAACAGGAUCUCGAGAAUCAUAAAUUGGUUGUACACUUACGUCAGGACUUGGAGCGUGUGCGUAAUCUUUGUUAUAUGGUCAGUCGACGUGAGAAGCUGUCGCGUUCGCUGUUCAAGCUGCGCGAGCAGGUGUUCUACAAGCAGCUCGCUGUGCUGGAUGAUGCAGUUGUGCAGCGGCAGCAGCAGCAGCAGUCGGGCGCAACGGACAACAACAAGGAGCAGCCCGCAUUGGACACAGAUGCCAUACUCUAUGCAAACGAUGGACCCACUCUCUACGAUCGGUUCUACAGCUCGGAUCAGCUAACUGUGCCGGCACAGUAUCAGAGCUUGGAAUAUAUAUUGGAGCAGCUAAAGGGUAAGAAGCAGGCACGUGGACGCGCCUCUCAAUCGCCCAACAAGCGCAAGCAGCAGGCGGCGGCUAGCAAAGGCUCGCCCAAAAAGAAACUCAACAAUGGUGCAAUAACUACAACAACAACAACAACUACGAACACAACAACAGCAACAUCAACAUCAGCAUCUGCAACAGCAGCUGGAACAAUGGCUAACAAAGCACCCAAGUCACGUGGCUCGCCAAGGGCGCCUACAACGGCGUCUUCGGCGGUGCCGUGUGCGGGGAGGCGUGCCUCAAAGAGCGGCCCGGCAACGACGGCGACGUCGAGCCAUCAACAACAACAGCAAACGCAGCAGCAGCAACAGCAUAAAUUGUCUAAAUCCUCGAAUGCUAUUGGCCGCGCGUCCGCCCCAACGAUUAGCGGCAGCUCGUCAUCGGCUGAUUCCAGCUCGGCGCACGGCAGCAGCAGCAGCAGCGCCAGCAGUAGCAACAGCAGUUCCGACUCCAGCAGCGAAAGCGAUUCAGGCAAUGAGAGCCACAGCUAUCGCAGCUAUCGCAGUAAAGCCCAGCCAGGAGGAGGUACAGCCACUGCCACUGCCACAGCCACAGCCACAGGCACAUCAACAGCGGGAGCAGCCAAGCCCGUGCGUAAGCAAUCCUAUGCGCGCAGCGUUGAGCAGCGCAAGAAGCAGCGACAGCGGCGUCAGAGUGAGGCAGCUGCGUGUGCGUCUGCUGCGUCUGCCAAUGCACGCAGCAGCUGCAGCAGCAGCAGUAGCAGCAGUAGAAGCAGGAGCAGGAGCAGGAGCAGCAGUUCCUCCAGCGACGACAACGAUGAGCGGACGCAGCGUGUCAAGCGUGUCCACAAGUCAACGACAGCCACAGCCACAGCAACCGCAACAGUACCUGCCAAAAGUCAAGCAACUAAGUCAAAGCAAAGCACAGCUGCAACGAGCACAGCUCGACGAAAACUGUCCAGUAGUGGAGCAGCAGCAGCUGCAGCAGCCGCCGCCACAGCCUCAUCAUCUACAGCGCCCACAGCGACGCGCGGCCUUGCUCAGAUGGACAAGGAAAUGCGGCAGCAGGACCCCAACAGUUUGUCCAGCGAUGAAAGUGAGGAGCUGCUGCCUGUGAAGCUAGGCGAGCGACACGGGCGGAUUCACAAUGCGAGCUCAGCGAAUUCAAACUCCGCUACAGCCUUGGCCGGAGCAACGGCGACAACUGCACUACGCAAGCCGGGCCAGCAUAUCUACUCCGAUUCGGAUAGCUCGACGACAACGACGCCGGAGCGUGAGGUGCCCAAGCGGCUGGAGGAGGAGGAGCAGGCGGCAGCCGAGAGCAAUGUGAGCGAUUCACAAAAUCAGCAAACGAUACGCACCAAGGCAGCCAUGAAGGAGUUUGUGCCAGGCACUACGGCAGCGACAGCGACAGCGACAACUGGCGCAACAACAACAACUGCAGUAACAACGACAAGCAAAUCAAAGGCCAACAAAUCGAAGGCCAAUGCACCCGUCUUUCCGCCCGUGGAUCUACUGGUGGUUCCUCAACGGCAGGCGGCCAAGAAGGCAAGCGAAAAUAUGCGCAUCUCCACGAAUCUCGCCACUGCGCUGCUGCCCGAUGCCAACGAGCGAUUGAGGGAGCCGGAGCCAGGCAGCAGCAACGCUGGAGUAAGCGCGUCCAAUGCCACCAGCAGCAGCAGUAGCAGCUCGAAGAGCAAGGCCAAGGAGGCAGCCAAUCGCGUGGUCGAGGCGGAUAAAGCGCGACCGAAGGAGCUGCAGAAGACGACGGGCAAGGCGGCGGGCGAGACGACGGCGGAGCGUGGCAAGCGGGGCCGACCGCCCAAGCAACAAAAGGAAAAGGAAAAAGAGAAGGAGAAGGAAAAAGAUAAGGAGAAGGAAAAGGAAAAAGAAAAGGAGAAAGAGAAGGAGAAGGAAAAGCCAGCACCCAAGAACAAUGAGCUGGCCAAGCUGGGCAACUUUGCCGUCUCGUAUGUGCCACAGCGCCAGGCCGCCAAGAAGGCAGCCGAACAGCUGAAGAGCAGCGGCGCAGCGUUGGUCAAAUCAAGCCAAGAGUCGAGCACAAGUGCAGCCAAUGAGGAGCUGACGACAGGAGCGAGUGCAGGAGCAGCAGCGACAACAUCAAACACGUCGCCCCUCAAGUCCGCCAAACAGCAGCAGCAGCAGACGACGCCAGUGCGUCGCAACUCGCUGUUGAAGGAGACGCCACGACGGCGCUCCAAGGAGGAGGUAGCACCAGCGCCUGUCAAGCGACGCAUUGCACCGCCUAAUCUGUCCAGCACCAGCUCGGGUGAUAGUAACAGCAGCAGCAGCAACUCCUCCAGCAGCAACAGCGACAGCAGCAGCAGCGGCAGCGGCAGCGAUUCGGACAGCGACAGCGAGCCGCCAGUCCAGGAGAAGCGCAAGCCGCCAGCUGCAGCAGCAGCGGCGGCAACAACCACAACUGCUGCCUCUACAUCUGCAUCCACAUCCAACUCUGUUUCCACCUCCGCCUCCGCCUCCACCUCCGCCUCCUCUAGCUCAAUUGUGCCAAAGCGUUCGCCGCGCAAGUCGCUGGACAAACCUGCUCCGGCUCCAGCUGCAGCUCCAGCUGCACCUCUGUCCAGCCGAACGCGCCAGAAUUCCACAAAUAAAUCGCCAAAGAGAACGCCGCAAAAGUCGCAAGCGCCGGAGCCAAAUGCCACGCCCAAAUCGUCGCAGCGACGCAAAUCCUCGUUGGACGAUCUAAGCAAGCAGACGCCGCCGGAGGUGAGUAAACGUGCCACACGCAAUUCCAAGUCGCGUCCGCCCUCACCUGCCGCGGUCAGCCAAGCGAAGGCCAGUCCGGAGAAGCCAAUUGCUUCCCGACGCAAGUCUCGAGCGGAAUCGCCGAAGAAGACGCCGCCCAACCUGGAGCAUGAGAUAGCGCAGCGUAAGGCGGCGACGGGCCGGACGACGAGUGCACUGGAUAAGCUGCUCGACAAGAAGCAGCAACAGCUGAACAAUGCCACGCCCACGCCCACGCCCACAGCAACGCCCACAACAACACCGACGCCUCCAGCGAAGCAAAGAGCGCCGAGUCCCGAGGCGGAAACUCAGCGGCCAUCCACUGCGCAGCAGGAGUCGGGCGAACAGCCCAUGGACAUUGACGAGGAGCUAACCACGGCGCCCACCCACACCCAGCUCUCGGCCAACGCCAGCAAACUGGCGGAGCUCUCGGCGGCGGACAUCGAUGAACGGCCGCCGGCAGCUCCGUUGCCCGCCUCGCCCACACCCACGCCCUCGAAUGAUGAGCUCUCCGAUGAGGCGGGCAGCGAUCAGAGCGAGCGCCGUCGCAGCCAUACCUGGCGCUCGCGCCGCAGACGCCGGCGCACGCGCGACGAGGACGACGAGGAGCAGCACACGCAUCACACGCAGCAUCUGCUCAACGAGAUGGAAAAUCUGCGCGAGCUGGAGGAGGAGCGCAAGAAUGAGCUGAUGGUGAAUGCAAUACUCCGCAUAUACUCUGCAUCCACAUCCUCGCCUGCUGUCACGGUCAUUCCACCCGAGCCGCCAGAGAUCAUUGAGCUGGACUCGAACUCCAAUUCAGGCGAGCAGCAGCAGCAGCAACAACAACAACAGCAGCAACCGCAGCAACAGCAGCAACCGCCGCAGCCGCAGCAACAGCAGCAGCAGCCACAGUCGCUGCCUUUGCCGGAGGCUGUUGCCACACGCUGCGCCACUUCGGAGCUGGAUCAGCCCAUUGUGGAUACCAUUCUGGAGAUGGAGGACAGCAAGUAUACCAACAGCUUUGCCACCAAUGUGGCUAAUGUCCUGAAUCCGCCCAAUUCGGGUCCCAUGAGCAGCCUGCUCGAUAGCAGCGGCCCUGGCGCCGGCAGCAAGCAAAUCUUCGAGGAGGACAGCACGCUGGCGACGCGUAAUCUGGUCGAGAAGUUGCGCAAGACGAAGCGCAAGCCAAUGCUGGACGAUUGCAAGGACUCGUUGGACCUGCUGCCGCCCACGCCAGCGAUACCCUCGGUGUUUCCCUUUCACAAUGCAGCUGAUCCUGAAGAUCUGAUCCAUGCGCAAAAGGAGCUCCAGCAGCAGCAACAGCAGCAACAACAACAACAGCAGCAGCAACAGCAACAGAGUUGCCUCUUUGGCAACUCGGCGCCCAAUUCGGUGGCCAGUCAGCUGACCAUCAAGGAUUCUCCCAUGACGGCCAACAGUGGAGGCAGCUAUGCCAACAGUUUGACCAAUACGCCCAAUGCCACGCCUACCACAAAUGCGAGUGCCAACAACCUGGGCUACGGCAAUGUGAACUACAGCUGCUACCUGAACAAAUCCUCGCCGCAGCUGGCGCACAAGCCGAGCAACGGCAACCAGCUGGCCACGACUCCAACUGCGACACCCACCACGCCCGUCUCAGUGGCCGCCCCACCGCCCACGCCCGACUUUGUGGAUCUGGCUGCGGCGGCUGUGAAGAACAGCCUGGGCGGCUAUGCAGCGGGUGCUGCAGGAGGCGCCUCCUCGCUGCCGACACAGGCGAAUGCAGCGAUCAACUCGUCCAACUCGCAGUCGAACAACAAGCUGAGCGACUACGAUGAGAACACGCGCAUGCAGUCGCCAUUUGGCGGGAUGCAGCGCUGGAAUGAGAACGAUUUGAUCGCAGCCAGGCGCAGCAGUUCGCCCAGCUCGGUGUCCGAGUCGAACGAUCAGCCGCCGAGUCAGCUGGCCCAGCAGCUAGACAAGAGCUACUUCAACAGCUAUGCUGCGGCGGCGGUCAGUGCGCCGGCUGGAGCCGGAGCUGUAGCGGGAGCCGGACCAACGGUUAAUCAGGGUGCUCCAGCCAGCAACAACAACAGCGCAGUAUCCGGCAGCAGUGCGGGCAAUGCCUUUGGCAGCCAUACGCCGCUCGUCAAUGGCAUCGAUGCCAUGUCCAUGUACAACAAUGCGACGCAGCAGCAGCAGCAACAGCAGCAGACCACGCCCACUCACCCACAGCGCACGCCCAACAGUCAAUACAAUGGCGGCAUCUAUCCACAGCUGGCGGCCAUCAUUCAGCAGCAGCAGCAGCAGCAGGUGGUGCAGGCAACGCUUGCCGAGCCGAGCGCCCAGACCUUGUUCGGGAACAGCUCACAGCCCAACACGCCCUAUGUGAGCACGCCCUAUGCCACGCCCAAUCUGACGCUGACUACUACGCCCAAUCAUCAGUAUCCAGUGGAUGGCAAUCUAACGCCUUAUCCGCUGCUGAGCAGCUGUGCAGAGCAGUUGCCCGCGAUGAUGCAGCAGCAGCAGCAACAGCAGUCGGUGGAGCAGGUGCAGCCAGUGCAGGUGCCGCUGCCGGUGACUGUGCCCGUGGCGGUGCCUGUGCCCGUGCCCGUAACUGUGCCUGUGGCGGUGCCCAUAGCUGUACCCGUCGCUCCACCCCUGCCGCCGCUGCCCCUGCCCAGCAAGGAGAGCAUCUCGCCCACCAAGCGAGGCAGCAACAAUUCCGCCAAGCAACAGCAGCAGCAGCAGAAGCAACAGCAGCAGCUCCAGCAUAAAUCGCCGCAGCUGCCGCAGGGCAAGUCGCCUGGCAAAUCGCCAAGGCAACCUGUCGCGCUCCAUCCGCCGCCCACGCCGCCGGCGCCCAUAGCCACGCCCACGCCGACAGUCACGCCGACGCCGGCAGCGCCGAAAUACGAUCCGCUGACGCACACGCUGACAGGCAAGCCGCGUCAGCGGGCGCCGCGUGGCAGUGGCUCGCAGACGGGCACGCGCGGUCGAGGACGCGGCCGUGGCCGUGGUCGAGGAGGCAAUGCAGCCAACACCAUUCUCCCGCUGCCGCCUGCCAUUGCCGACUACGGCCGGAACACGCACAUCGUGAGCAACCUGGUGGGCACGCCCUACGAGUUCAACAACUACGAUGACGAGCUGAGCGGGCCCGGCGUGGAGAACUUGCAGUCGUUGCGCGAUCGCCGACGCAGCUUCGAGCUGCGCACGCCGAACGCGGGCGCAGCCGGCGGUGCAGCGGCGCCGAGCAACACCACCAGCUAUUCGAGCUGCAAGCUGCGUGGCCAGAACAAGGCGAAUAAUCCCCUGCUGCAUGCGAUUGUGCAGCCCGUGCUGCCCGGCCCAGUGGAUAUGCGCACCUACAAUCUUGGCUUCGAGGCACCGCACAGCACCGCCUCCCAGGAAGCCUACCAGAACAAUCUCCUGGGCGCCUUCGACUCGGGCACUGCGGAUCAGACGCUGAGCGAAUUCGACGAGGAGGACGAGCGCCAGUUUCAGUCGGCAUUGCGCGCCACUGGAACCACCAGCAGCAGCAGCACCACCACCGCCAAUAAUAAUAACAGCAGCAGCAAUAACACCUCGCCCAAUAAACCACCAAGUGGAGCCACUGCUGCGAGUGGUGCAGCUCCUAGCAGCCUGCUAAGCAGCGCAUUGCAAUCCAGUGAAGCGAAUCAAGCCCCGCCCACUAACCAGCUCGUCUCCGAGCUGGUGGUGCCUGCACUGGAAGCCUCACUGGAGGCCACGUCGGAGGAAAUAUCCAUCGACUCAGACACCACCACGCUAACCACCAAGGCUGCCCUGAACCAACUGAAGCUUAAGAUCAAGGAGCCGCUCGCCUAUCCGGAUCUGCACUACAGCAGCGUCACGAACAGCAGCUGCCUGUCCAGCAGUGGCAGCCUGGUGCAGGCGAAUGUGGUGCAAACCACCGUCACAGCGCAGCUGAGCGGCGCCACUGUGGCCAGCACCUCGGCGGCUUGCACGCUGAGCGUGAGCGGAAACUCGCGACGCAUGCGAAAGAAGGAGCUGCUCAGUCUGUAUGUGGUGCAGAAGGAUACGCUGAACGACGACAGCUCGUGUGGCUUGCCCGCUGCCUCGGAUAGCCAGCCGCUGGAGAACAUGCGCAAGUCGGAUGCCAGCGAGCUGGACGACGAGCAGCAGCAGCAGCAACAGCAGCAGCUGCCGGCAGGCGGCGGCACCACCAAGCGCUUCAAGAAGACCGCCAGCAACAGGGAGCUGCGGGCCCUCGAUGCGAAUGCCUGCCUCGAGGAGCAGCUGCCGGCGGGUGGUGCAGCUGGAGCGCAGCCGUCGGGAGAUGGCCGGCGGCGCAGCGCCUGCAGUUCGGGCAGCGCGGACAAUGGCAAAACGGGGGCGGCGAGCAGUGCUGGCAAGCGACGUGGACGCAGCAAGACGCUGGAGAGCAGCGAGGAUGACCACCAGGCGCCCAAGUUGAAGAUCAAGAUUCGCGGACUGCCAGCCACAAAUGAGACGAAUGCCGGACUGUCGGUCAGCGGCUUGGAUGGCAGCAGCAGCAGCUACAGCUACGAGAUGACGCGACGGGCCUGUCCGCCCAAGAAGCGACUCACGAGCAACUACAGCACCCCAACGCUGGAGGAGAUCAAGCGCGACUCGAUGAACUAUCGCAAGAAGGUAAUGCAGGACUUUGACAAGGGCGAGGACAACAACAAACGGGAGCUGGCGGGCGACAAUGAGACGCUGCUGGCCAAGCCGAAGAAGGACAAGAAGGACAAGCCGAAGAAGGACAAAAAGGAGAAGAAGCGCCUCAAGCAGCAGCAGCAGCAGCAGCAACAGUUGCUGCAGUUCAGCAACAACAACAGCACCACCACCACCCUGACGACCAUGACCACCACGCUGAUUGAGAACACGGUCAGCGACUCGCCUGGUGAGAAGCCAAAGCUCAUAUUGCGAAUCAACAAGCGCAAGGCGGAGACAACGACCACCACGAAAAUCAACGCGGAACAACAGCCACAGCAAGAGCAGCCGCAGCAGCAGCAGCAGCAGCAGCAAAUGGAGGCUCCGUUGCGCCUGAAGAUCGCGCGUAUUUCAGCUGGAGGCGCCUAUGUCAUCGGUGCCAAGACGGACAACAAGGAGCCAACGCCAGCGCCAUCCGUUUCCCCAGCGGCGCCCGCCGAGCUGCCGCUGUUGCCACUGGUCGGUGUCGGUGUAUCGCCAUCGCUCACCAACAACAAUAGCAGCUUCACGCCUCACUCCCAGAACGCGAAUGCCUCGCCUGCACUGCUGGGCAAGGAUACGAGCACGCCCUCGCCGCCCUGCCUGGUCAUCGACAGCAGCAAGAGUGCGGAUGUGCAUGACUCCACCUCGUUGCCAGAGAGCAGCGGUGCAACGGCUGCCUCGGUCGUCAGUGGUGCUGGUGGAGGCGUGGGUGGUGCUGAUGUUGUUGGUGUCGGUGUUGGACCCACCUCGCCGCUGUGCGUCAAUGUGGGCAACUAUGAUAAUAGCAACAAUUCGUUGCCGUCGGCCAGUGGCUCCGGCUCAGGGUCCGGGUCCGCGUCCAGCAAUUCCUGCAACAGCAAUUCGAACAACAACAACAAUAACAAUAAUAAUAACAACAACAACAACAAUAACAACGGCAACAACAGCAACGGCAGCCGCACAGGCGGUUUACUUCCACUGAAAAAAGACUGUGAGGUUAGAUGAUAAUCAUAAAGCCAGCGUUCGACCAAGCUAUAUAUGUAUAUGAAACACACAUAUAUAUAUAUAUAUAUAUAUAUAUAUAUAUAUA